CAUAACCUAAUAAAACACUUUCUGGUGUACUCAGGUUGAUUUAUAUUUAAAUCAAAAGCAUAUUUAUUAACAAAUCUUAAGGAAAAUGGCAUUUCUUAUCAAAUUGACGAUCACGCUUUUGGCUGGCAUAGUUUUUCUACUGCAAAAGAGUUCCGCUGCAGAAUGCUCCAAUUGGGAAAAGCCCGUGCUGACUGCAGAUUAUACUCCUCAAGGAAACGUUGUUUUUUCGGCUGGAAUGGACACGUAUGAAACAGGAAAUUCUAGUUCAACCAAAGUUUUGAUCGCAGUUUAUGACAUCUACGGCUUCAACCCGGGUCCAAACAUUAUGCAAAUUUGUGAUCGACUCGGCGAAUAUGGAUAUCGCGUGGUUAUGCCUGACUUCUUUCACGGCGAACCAUGGAGGAGAGAACAUUAUCCAUAUCCCACAGAUGAUGAGUUUCGUAACUUCGUAAAAGCAACUUCUUGGAACGAGUCUGUUCGAGAAGAUCUGGGACUCGUCUUGCAAGAGUACAAGAGGCAAAAUGUAACCGAAUUCGGAAUUUUCGGGUUCUGUUUUGGUGGCAAGAUUACCGCACAUGCCUUGGACACAUAUUCCAGCGACAUUAAAGUGGGCGCACAGUUCCAUCCAGCCGGAGCUGACGUCUACGAUGCUACACGAAUUAAGCGACCUGCAAUUCUUCUUCCGGGCGCAAACGAUCCCGAUAUGACGGACUAUUGUAACAUCAUCAACAUUCUUUUGGGACAAGGAUCCUGCGUGUACCAUCAUUUCACGGACGUGAAUCACGGAUUUUCGGGGGGCACAGCGAACUGGGCAAAUGACACAAUUCGAACUCGUGCUGAAGAGGCAGUUGGAAUGUUUGAACAAUUUCUCUGUGAUAAAUUUCCUGCUAUAUAAAUCCAUCUUCGUAUCCAUGUGCAUACUUACAUAUACAUUACACAUGUAGACAUAAGUAGCACAAUGGGAUGCAAAUUCUAAAUAAAGUUUCACUUGAUGAUGCGGGUGAAAUGAAAUCGUAUUGGUAUAGGUUCAAAUUUGCGUCGGCGAAUUAACAAUGAAUAAAAUUAUUGCAAAAAACUAUGUUGCAUAUGCAGUUGCAAUAAACAAAUAUCAACAAGAA